UGCUGAUUAUAAGCAGAGUGAGCAUCACAUUUCGUAAGUGUGAGAAAGUGAGACAGAGUCGAGGAUAGAGAAUAGUUGCGUCUCCUUCUUGGCGUAUAUCAUGGCUGCAACGUCGAAACAGCAGAAGCUACAGAGGAUCAAUGAAGAGCUGCACAAGCUAACACUACACAGAGAUCAGCUCAACAGUAGACUUCGUUUACUGGCUUUGCUGAAGGAAUUCCGGCAGAAUGCUGGCUACCAUGCGGAAGCAGUAGGUGAACCUACUGAGAACGACGAGUAUGAACGGAUACAGGAGGAACUCAAGGCACUUUCAGAAAGGAAAUUAGCACUACAGGCGUUACGAGAAACUCUGGAAGGAACAAGUAAAAGUUGUGAUACUUUAAGCACACCACAAAAAUAUGACCCUUCGGGUAAUGAGAUAUUUAUAGUGGAGAGACCGCCGUCCUAUCCAGCUCCUCAGGUGAUUUCAGAUAUACAGAAACUACCACGACAUCCUUCACAAAUACAGUGUCCUUACUGUGAACAGUACAUUACUACAGAGGUGAGCACAGUGAUUGGGAACACCACCUGGCUCGUGUGCCUGGUGUCCACCUUCAUUGGCUGCGUAGCUGGCUGCUGCCUCAUCCCCUUCUGCAUCAGCGCUUUCAAAGAUGUAGUGCACAAAUGCCCGAAGUGUCGCAGUCACAUUCACACGUGCACCAAAAUGUAAGGAAAAAGCAACGCUAGAAAGGAGAAAGCCUUUUCCAGGGAUCUAGGAGUCUGCUUUCUGACUAGCUGCAUGAAGGUGUGCCUGUGUGCUCCACUGCUCUCCAUGAAAAAAAAAUGACAGAACACAUGUUCUAAUAUCGGAGACUGUGAAUAAAACCAGUCCGUUCUGAUUGUAUACAGGACACAGACAUUUUAAUGACACACAAGGCUAUAUGUAUAAUAAAGAUAUGUACAAUGUUAAAUUCAAGCCUCAUUAUCUACACUGGCACAUGGCAUGUUGGAAAAAAUAAAGAGAAUAUUUUCAUAUGCAUAAUAAAAAAAAAAAGUUACAAAACCAGACUGUAGUUGGAAAGCAGAACUAAAACUGAACUUGAGUACUCUAUUUUCCAGUAUAUACAAUAUACACUAGUGUUUAUGCAACAGGAGUUUGUUCCAUUAAUAUAAAACCUAAAAACAUGUUUUAUGAUUUAGUGGUGGUGACACUCCACUGGUGUCUGGUCAAGAAUGAAACCUGCCUCAAGUUAAACCAGUUCCUAAUAUAACCUGCUCAUUACAGUACAUAGUAGAUCUUUGUGGACUUUCACCUGAUGCCUCUGUCUUGUGCAAGCCAUUUUUGCUAUUAUCUAUUGACUAUAAAUUAUUACACAGCUGUUUUACUCUGGUGAAUUCAGAGCAUAUUCAUAUUUUUUCAAACUGUACUUUAUUUUGCAUUUUUGUACUUUAAUGUUGCUGAUUGUGUGAUGAAGGCAGGUACAAUUCACCAGUAAACACAUCAAGGAAAAACUUGGUCUCUAUCUGCUGAACUCUAACUGCAUUGUGUUGAAAUGAUCGCCUUGUUGAACUUUGUGAUCAGAGGGAUGACAAGUAACAGUCGAAGCUAAUGUCUGAAUGAACCAAUGAAUUAUGCAGCACCUAAUAUACAGUUCUGAUCAUAAGUUUACACACCCCCAGCAGAAUGGCAAACAAAAGAUGUUUGUUUUCUUAAAAAAAAAGGUAAAUCAUACAUUUCUUUUAUUUAGUAAUGGUGCUCAGAUGAAGCUAUUUAUCAUCACAAAUUAUAGUAAUCCUAAUAAUAACUGAAAUUACACAGGUGACCCCUGUCAAAAGUUUACAUACCCUUGGGCCUGUUUAUGCAGAAGUAAAUUCACUGUGAAGGUUCAGAAUCCGACUUGUUUGACUAAUGUGUGUGUGUGUGUGUGUGUGUGUAUAAAUAGUGUGUUUGGUGUACAUUUAUAUUUAUUUAUUUAAGCAAACACUUUUAUCCAAAGCGACUUACAAAUGAGGAAAUACAAGCGAUAAUCAAGCAGAGAACAAUACAAGUAGUGCUACCAAACAAGAUUUAUAAUCGAGUUCUAGAGAAACAAAGUGCGCAGAGUAGAGGUGUAAGUGCGAGAGUAAGUUUUAAAUUUUUAAAAAAAAAAUAAUGUGGAGUUGGCAUUUUAGGGCUUAGUUAAGUGCUCACGGAAGAGGUGGGUCUUUUUUGAAAAUAUUGAUUGAUUCUGCAGUCCGGAUUGAGUUUGGAAGUUUAUUCCACCACUGAGGGACAUUUAGUUUGAAGGCUCUGGAAAGGGACCUUGAGCCAUGCUGAGUAGGCAAAAGAAAGUCAACUGG